GAACUGGGGGGGCGGUGAAUGUCUGCCUCUCUCCCUAUGUCCUCAGGCUCUCCACCUCCACCCUAGCUGUGUCUUCGCAUGUGCUCAAUAUUACAAAUCCACUCCCAGAUGUGGGUGGGGCAUACUCUAUAAAUAAAUCCCGAACUGAGGCAUCCUGGAGGCAGUGCCCCUGACUGGGGCCAUCAGCCUCCGCCCAAGCCCUGGGCAGAUUCCUGCCUGGAUGCCAGCCACUCCAUUCCCUCCCAGGGGAGACCUGCUGGCCGCCCCAGAGCUGCCCCCCACGCCCCGGCUCCUGGCUCUCCCAGCUGGGCAGCGGCACCUGGAACCAUCCGCCAUCACUUUUGAGCCACUUCGUGAAAGACAGGCAUUGCCUUGUAAUUGGGGAGAGGGGAUUCGAACCCCAGCAUUCUGACUCCCACAUCCCCCUGCUUAAUCUCUGUCUCAGACUGGCCUUCCCAUGGGCUACCCUUCAGAAAUUGGAGAGACGACCCUGUUCCCCAUGGCCUUCACUAGAAAGGCAGCGAGUAGGGCAUAAGCACUGCGGGCAAUCUACAAGUGCCAGCUGCCGGGCCAGCUCACCUGCGGCAGCCCCGGCCGACAGGCCGCUGAUCAGGCACAGCCUCGCAGCCUCUUAUUUUUAAAAUCACACACACAAUCCGUGAAUUUGCAUGUUGCAAAAUCUCAAAUUGUUCUCAGUGCAAUGCCUUUUUAUCUUUAAUGGGUAAAUCAAAAGAUGGGUGGCUGGACCUAACAGUAGCCCCCAGCCCGGGAAUGCGAUACAUUUCUGUACUCGUCUUCUUCCAAAGGUGAUUAUGAAGUCUAUACAAAUAAACAGCAACAACGAGAGCAAACAGAACCAAACCGUUGUGCUAACGGUUCCCAAAUGUCCAGUGAUUUAAUAAACAAUUGUUGGGACCGAUUGACCUCCGGUCAGAAGUUAACCAUGCACUGUCUCCCUGGUCCCUUGCUGGUUGACAAUGGUCUACCUGUCACCCGUCUAUUUAUGUAGCCAUGUGCACACUUUCUGCAUAUCCGGUUAGGGACCAGACAAAAAUGCAAGCUGAGUAAGAAGGUAAUGUUAGCUCCCUCCCUCCAAAGGCUGAAAGGACAGUGGAUGCGACCGAAGGAGGGUAGGGAGCGAGGGAGCCAGGACAGAGGAGCUGCUUCCCCAGGGUGGGCCGGGGGCCUGACUCUGCUCCUCCUGAAACAGGCUCAGAAGACAGACCAGGCACCCUUGGCCAGCUCGGAACCACCUGGAGAUGUCCCUCUGGAACCCUGGCUCUUUAGUGACUGGCCCCAUGGAUGUGGCUUGGUGGUCACGCCCAGCGCCGGGGUCCAGGGGAGCACUGGGUCUCAGCCUCGGGGAAGUGGGGAGUAACGCGGCCGGAUUUCUACAGCCCUCUUGGGUGCAGACGGAGCGAGAGGGCACCGGCGGGGAGGAGCUUGUCAGCGACAGGGACGCUCACCAACUUCCAUCGGCACCUGCACUCCGACCCGGCCUCUUCCCCGUCACCUUCGGAGCCUCCCCUCAGACGCUGGGGUGGAGAGGGGUCAGCUGGAGGUGCGCGUGGGCGUCCACGGCGACACGUGGAUCGUGCACUCGGAAUUGCUCUCUACGCUCAGACACCGGCCUCGGGCCGAGUCUUCCCUCGGACCGGUGUCACCCAUGGCUCCACGGGUCUGGACCCACUCUGGGCGGGUCCUUGGCCAGAGAACCCGACCCGCAGGACACGUUUGGAAAGGCUCUCGCGGCGUGCACCUGCCGUGAACUGCGUUCCGGUGCUCUCGGGACCCGUUAUCGGCCUCCGAACCGGCGUCCCCAGGCUCGCGUGACCCUCGUGUCAGUGUCGCCUGUGGAACUGCGUACGAGCCGGGCUGGUGCAAACUGGGUUCUCUGGCCGCCUGGGUCCGCGUUCCCCUGGCGGACCUGGCUCACUUCCACACACCUUUACUGCUCACCCACUGGUUUAGAUUCGCGGGGGCUGGAGACACAAAGACGGAUGGAGCUGGCCCGGCACAGAAAAGUCUGGUACCGCCUAGCUGGACGCGUGCACGCAUCCCCUGCCCGUGUGUUCCAAAGGGGGGUGGCGGGCGACGUCCGCAGGCUGCAGGCCGGGGGCUGUGAGCACAGAGGUGUGGGGAGGGCCCAGGCUGGGUUCUCAGAAGGGAGGGGCGAGCGUGAGUGUCUGGGUCCGCCGGCCCCGGUAGACUGCGGAGGCUCUGGCAGGGCCUGGUCGGGUCAUGGGAAAAGCCUCCUUCGGGGGAAGAGGACCAGGGGUUCCCAGAGGGCGAGAGGACAAGGCACUCGCGGGGGAGCCAGCAAGGUGCGCAAAACCCGCGCUGACACAGGCGCGCGCCGUCCUGCGUGGGCAGGUCCCAGGUCGCGCCCUGCGCUCUCCCUCUCCUCCGCGCAGGUGCAAACGCCAAAGGCAUUCUCCCCAGAUCUGCGAAGUGCCCGAGGGGAGGCGAGGGCCUCCCUGCAGGCAGGGUUGCCCAAUUCAGCCAAAAAGAAAGAAAAAAGAAAAGAAAAAAAACCCAGAAAACGAAUACGUACUUAUUCACCGUGUAUAACAUACAAUGUGUGUAUAUACACUAUUACGUAUUUAGAUAGAAGCGCGUAGGUGUCCGUAAACGUAGUUACAUCUAAGCGUAUUCACGUGUAAGUAUAAACACUCAAACGUUAAGCGGACACACAGGACGCCCGUUUACAUUUGAAGUUCAGAUAAGCGGGUACUUUUUUGGUGUUUGUCCCAUACAGUAUCUGAGAGCAUUUUCCCAC